CACAAAAUUACCAUGUCUUUUAUUUAAGUUUGACGUUUGGAAGUUGAUCAAACGAAAUAAUGCUGAGAGUCCAUAUUGCCUGGCACUACAUUAUCGCAGUAGCAUAUAUCCCGCCGCAUCACGGCGAUCACACUCCACAACACCGGGAGCAACAAUCCAUCGAAGGCGGAAGCAUACAGAUUCGGCGAUGACAUUAGACAGUGAUGGACGGAGUUCUCAAAUGAGCUAUUUAAAUGAUUUACAUGAGAAUGAAAACUUUUUCAAAGAAAACUAUGACUUUGAUGGUGAAGAGCCCGAGGAACCGCCAAGAUAUCCUCACCUCGUGCAUACACCUGGAACCUAUACACAGGAACUGUAUCUGAAAGCUUGUAAACGAUUUCAAAUUCCUCAUUCGUCAUUCUUCUACAAGCAUUUGCUAAACGAUACAAUAGUUCUGAAGAGGCAACGUCUUGGCCCAAUCGGUAUGAAGGCCUGUGCGAUUGCUUUAGUGGAGACGUUAAAUGUGCACACUUUAGAUGUUACAGACAAUAACCUGGGACCUGACGGGGCAAGAUAUCUGGCUGAACUUAUAUCAGAAAACAACUUUCUUAAACAUCUAAAUGUUUCAAGUAACGCAUUAGGAGAAGAAGGUGUACGUAUUCUCGCUGAUGCCAUAAAGAAAACCGAUUCACUAGAAUCCUUGGAUAUAUCAGACAAUGGUCUUGGAGACAUGCAAGCAGAAGCUGUUCGUCCGAUUAUAGAGGACACUAAUAAUUUAAAGAUCUUGAUCUUGUCACAUAACGAGUUAAGAGACGAAGGUGGCAAACUAAUUGGAGAUGCAUUAUUGUGGAGUGAUACAAUACAGCAUCUCGACCUCAGUUGGAACAAAUUACAUCGUAGAGGAGCAAUCAAAGUUGCAGAGGCUCUUGUUAAAAAUACAAGCAUAACCUCAUUGGAUCUGUCUUGGAACGGACUUCAUAUGGAAGGAAUCACGGCACUAGGCAAAGCUUUAGAGAAGAAUAACACUUUAACAGAACUGAAUAUCAGUGAUAACAGGAUAAAUAGAGCAUGUCUAGACAAACUUUGUACCAGUCUGAGGAAAAAUACGACACUUAAAACACUACACAUAAAGAAGAAUCCUUUAACACACGAAGAUGCAAUAGUUGUUUUGAGGUUCCUGCAAGAUAAUCCAAGCAGUGGUAUAACAUGUUUAGAUUUAAGUGAGAUAUGUGUUGACGAGAACUUUCUGGCAGUCCUUGAUGAAUUAAGGAGUACCCGGGAACUGACAGUUCAUCAUGGUAAACUACGAGGACAUGAUAUGUCGAUUCAAGACAAUGAUGAAGGCUUGCUUCUGAAGGAAGAUUCUUGGCAUGUCCUAGAAGAACUUAGCUACGUGCUUGGUGUGAACAUUGUGAAAUUACUUAUAGGUAUAUCCGAUGAACUCCGUUGUGGUUUAACGCCCGAUGAUAUGGUCAAUUCACUAAAGAUAUUGAAGAAUCCACUGAGUGACAAAUGUUCAGAAAUACUCGUAAAACGGCUGAACAUAGACGCAAAAGGAUUUGUAGAUUUCAGCUCAAAGCGUGCUCCGAAUAAAAGAAAACCAUCGGCAAACCUACGACGGCGGCUUUCGGUCAUAGAAACCUUACAAGAGAUAGGCAGUAUGAUAGAAGAGGAUAACAAUGAAAAUAAUUCAGAGGAAGAUGAGCCUAAAGAAAAGGUUCCAGUCAAUGCAUCGGAAAGGAUUCGACGAUAUUUGUUUCGUGUAAUGACGAGAAGGAUGAGUGGUAGUUCUGUGUAUAGAAGAGAUGUGGAGAUAAUGAGUCAGGAUGGUGAAACGAUGUUAAAAUAUCAGAUAAUUGAUAUGCUGCGUCAAUCAAAAUUGUCAAAAAGUCAAAAAAACCGAAAGCAUAGGACCUGAUAACUUAUAAUGAAUAUAAUGACUAAUUAUUUAUUCUUUGACAAAUUAUUCUACGUUUAUAUUAUAACGCACUGAUAUAUACUGUGACACAUCUUGUAUUAUUCAUUCGUGUAUUUACAUUGUAAAUUUACUUCUAAAUAUUUGAUAAGGACCACUGUUUUCUCCGAUGACAGACUCGGCAAUAAGUUGAGCAGGAAAAAAAGGUUCCAACCAAAUAAAGUUUAUAGUGUUUGUGAUAUUGUCAUGGAAGGGUAUAGUUCAUUUGUACACUAUAAAGACAUAUAAAGAACGAGGACUUCCUGAACUUCCAACAUCAAGAGUAUGACAGCAUGUUUACUGAGUUCACAUGUGCUCUCUGUGCUCUUGAUUACUAUUUAUAAUUCAGCAGCGUUUAUGUAAGCAUUCAAUUUUUAUAAAUGAAAAUCUAAGAAGGUCGCUUACGCCUGAUGAGAUAAAUAGGAGUUUUGUAUUUUGCAGAUAGGCAUGUAUCAGAUAUAGGCUACCCAUUAAAUAUAUAAUUAUUUUCUUCCAGCAGGACAACUAUCGUACUAUGCAAAUGAUAAACCUAAUAUUCUUAAUAGAAAUAUUAACACUAACAGUACCAGGAAAAUACAGAGGCGGGAAAUAAUAUCAUUGUUUCUGUUAUUGAAAAAUAUUCCUUUAUUAAACUUCCAUUUUUUGUCCAAAGCAUAAUUACAAAAUUGUUCAAGAACCUGACUUGGAAAUUAUAAUAUGCAUAAAUUACAACUGGAAAAAAUGCAGCGACCAAGGUUCUUAACCGUAAACCGAUUUUGUUUGUUAUUUUGAUGUUUGGUGUACAUCUACCAUUACUUCAAGCAACUGUCUUCAUAACCAAAUGUUGAUACAUUCGGAGGAUGACAAUGUGUACGUUUACUGUGGUAUUAGUUCAUCAACCAACGCAAUGCAUUGUUCAAUUUCACACAAUUGUACAUACAUGAUUAUAAAUUUGCGAAUAAUAAAAAAA